GCCGCCCGGGGCCGUCAGCAGCCGUCGGGCCGGGCCGGGGCGGUGCCGCUGUAAGGCCGCUGCCAGAGCCGCCGCCCUGCUCUUCCUUUCUCUUCCCGCCCUGCCAGGAGCCGUGUCCGCCUCAGCCCCAGCCCCAGCCUCCCGCCGCGCUCUGGGCGCUUCUCGCCGGGCAGCGCCGCUUCCCUGACGGGCCGGGCCGAGCCGGGCGGUAGCGGAGGCAGCCGCCGAUGGAGCACCAGCAACCGGGCGCCGCCGAGCGGGAGGCGGAGCGGGAGCGCGGGCGCUACGCGGAGCGUCGGGCCGUGGCCAGGGAGCAGCUGGCGCAAAUACAGGAACACAAGCAUCAGGCAGAGCUGGCCAAGCUGGAAACCAGAAGAGAAGGGGAAGAAAUACAAAGGCUCAACCAGUUGUACCAACUGGAAAUUCAGAGAGGAAGGGAAAAUGAACAGGAGGAAAAACUUGAACUCCAGAGGCAGCAUCAUGAGCAUGUAGCUGAACAGAAAGUAAUUAAAGAUGAAGAGAAACAAAGAGAAGACCAAGAUGAUGAUCGGAUUAGGGCUUACAUUAGAGGAAAAGAAAUGAUGGCUGAUCUGAGAAGAGAAGCAGAUGCAGAGACCAGUAGGCUAGUUCAAGAGCAUCAGGACAAAGCUUUUCAACAACUAGCUGGACAGAUGAAUCAGACAUUGAGGAUGGAAGCUGAACGUUUUGCUCGAGGAGCUGCAGAGGUAGAAGACGAAUACCAAAUGAAAACCAAAGAGAGAGAAGCAAAAAAUAAGGCUGCCAUUGAAUCUAUUGCUGAACACAGAGCCACCGUGGUGAAGAUGAAACUGGAGAAGGAGAUAGAAGAUAAAGCAGAAAAUGAAAAAGAAUGCCAUGCAUUCAUGGAAAAGAACCGCAUCUACUUGGAAGGGGAAGAAGCCAAGAAACAGAGACAACGUGAUGCAAGUGUGGAAGUACAGAAGAUUCAGCUCCAGCAGAUGGCAGAAAAGAAGGCAAAAAAAGAGCAGGAAAAACAAGCGGAUUUGGAUUAUGAUGCUCAGAGAGAGGCUGCUUUUUGUAAAGAGCAAAAAUUUUGGAGAUAAAGACAGUAAGUAACUGAAUGCCAUGAACACACACAACUUUUAUUAUCCUGUCCAAAUGUCCAAAGAGGGAAAACAAUGUGGAUGUGGGCUUUCUAAGCAGAUUUUAGUUCUCCUUUUUUCUCUCUAAGAUAGCACAGGAUACUGUCAGGACUCAGCUGAACUACUGCUUCAGAAAAUUCUGAAAGAACAUGGAAGCUAUGCAGUAGGGAUGUUGUGAAAUAUCAGCUAGUGACCUACAAAUUUAGUUUCAGUUAAAUAGACACCUGUAGAAGUGGAGAAGUAAAUCUACAUAAAAUAUACAUUAAAAUAAAAAGUGUAUGAGGGGAAGGUUGGUUGGUAUAACACUAUCCCCACUCCUCCUUACAAACGUAUAUGAGCUCUCAUCUCACUCACGCUGAGUGAAUGCUUGGAACUGUGUGGGAGUGCUGCAGCUUGCACGGCCCUCAAAGCCCUGCCUGAGAACAGGGCCAAGACUUCCUCAAAGCUGGCACAGACCCAAGGGCUGUCUCAAGUGCUCAGACCUGGUGUGGUGUGGGCUGCUGAGCCGUUUUUGGACAGCAGUGCCUGGCUAGGUGCAGCUGAUGCUCUGUACCCACUUCAAUUAGCGUGGCCCAAACAGGCCCUGUUUGUGGACCGAGGACCCUGCUACUGAGAACUUGACGCGCAUGCAUGUCUGGGGCAGCUUGCCCAGAAUAGUGCUCAGCUGGUGUUGCGGCUCAGUACCCAUCCUGGUAGGAGCACAUCUUGAAGUUUUAUCCAAAAGGAUCUAGUUUGUGAUCACUCCAGAAUGUGAACAAAAGCACAGUAAGUAGGAACAAUCAAGACCUAUCUCAAACUCUCUUCUGAUCUGAACAAAUGCUAGCACAGCUGCACUAUUAGCUAAAAGUCAUGCAGGGUUCUUUCCAAUUAUAUUUGAGUAAUUGACUUGAGUGGAAAUUAUUUUUUAAGAGGGCAUGGCAAUUAGUUUCUGAAAUAGUCUCUAAAUUCUUUUUUUUCACUAAUGAAAAAUUUAUUUCCCUUCUUUCUGAGCCAGUGCUCUUUUAUUACUUCAAACUCUUUCCAGCAAGCAAACAAUGCAAACUUUUAUUAAAGCUUUUGGAUGGCAAAGCUGAAGCCUUAAGAAGAAUCAUUGACUACAGUAAGAGUUAUGCUGGAAGUCUGCAGAGCUUGAUAAUGCUCCAAAUGCAUCGCUAAGUGAACAUUUGCAUGUGCUGACCACUGUGUAAUUGGUGAGUUAAAUGGGUCUUAGUCUACUUCCACAGCAGCAAGAAGCAAGGUGGAUUGCAGCCUCACUUCCUGCUCAGCUUUUUAAAGAAAAAAGCCCUGUUCUGUAGAUUGCAUUCUAAAUCUACAGCCUGCUUCCACGGGCCUUAUACCCCUUUCACUUUGAGCAUCUACAGAAAUACCAAACUCAGCCACCAGGAAACAAUUCUUCCUUUCACUAUACAUAAAGUGAAGUAGGAAUCCUGUGUAUUUUCUAAAUGCACUAAGUGUUGAUUCAUUUGACCACGUUCAGCACGAAAAAAAAGGGCAUGAAUUGAUCACAUACUACUGACUUCCAAAGAUACAUAUGCUUUGUGUGCUUGCUUUAAAUGACUAACUCUAGUUGGUGAUCCCUGUAAAACUGCAAAGAAGUGUUUUUAGAUCAUGGACUUAACUUGAGGUUCUAGAAUUUUUAGUGACAAAACAUUUUGGUAACAUUUCAUUGUUCUUCACAGUUUUCCUUCCUGAAAAGCAAGAAUGGAAAGCCUCUUGCAAGAGUAAUACAGAAGACUUAAGUCAGUUUUAUGUUUGAUGUGUUGAAGAACACAAAGGAAGAAAAAAGGACUGGGAAGAAACUGAGAGAACAGCUCCUUGUGCAAGUAGAAACAUGAAAGCUAUUGAACAGCCUGAGAUAAGAAAUAAAUGAAACUAAGAAAGCUGGGCUUGUUCAGUCUGCCAAGGAGGCAGCUAAGGAUCUAGAACAGCCUGCAGCUGGUUGAAGGGUAGUACAAAUACAGCAGAGCCAAACUCAUCUCAGUAGCAUCAGGUGAUUGAUAUAGCACAGUAAUGUGGGAGAUCAGAUAAUGUCAUGAAAAUUCCCCUUUGGCCAGGAACAUGGUCACUGGCCAAAAAGGUGGUAGUCCUCACCUGGGAAGGCUCUGAAGAUGUAGCAUGUAAGGCAGGAGGCUGACCACCAGGGGUACUUUUCAGCCACUAUUUGAAGAUGGUAACAAAAUGCAGGAAGAUAAAAUACAGCUGGUAAGAGAGAAUCUGCAAAGCAGGACGUACUCUACUACCUAGUGUCAUUACUGGUAGGGGCUAUUAGCUGAAGUUUUAACUAACAGCUAUCAAAUCAGAAUAUGCUCUGAGAAGUGACUAUUAAACUUGAAUUGGGUUAACAUCUUACCCUCUCUGGUGGGGUGCUGGCUUGCUUCGGGUUAUAGCAUGUGUAAUUUCAUAGGUAGUGGUCUUAUAAGAAGGCUAGGAUCUUAGAAAUGCAAGUCUCCUUGGGGGACUGAACCAGAUACCUUAAAUCCCACUGCCUUUUUUCCAAACCUGUCACUCAACUCUGUGGAAAUAAACUGGCAACUUAUGUGUGAAGACAUGAGCUUCCAGGGUCAAGCAUGAUGUUCUCAACAGUACUACAACUCUGAUCACUGCAUAGCUAUUAGCAGUAUUGACUCUCCAGAUUUAAUGCAAUUCUGACAUAGGAAAUGGAAGAGAAGUUUUCAAAAAUGUCUCGUCCUAGGUUGGUGUGACUUUGCUCACAGUGCAGUUCUUCACUGUCAGGUACCAUUCCGUAGGGUAGAGUUACUAGUUCCAUUCAAGUUCUUGAAUGUUACAGUCUGCUACUGCUCAGCUCAGAGGAAGAUUGAAGAGGACACAACUGGAAAUAUUCUACUGCUGAAGAGUAGAGUUGACAGCAUGGGGUGAUUAAUGACUGACAUUUUCAGGUGCCAACAGAGACUGACUGUUACUCCUGAAACCAUUUUCUAAAUCUCUGUUGGUUUUAGGCCAAAGAACUCAUUCUGUUUUAUUUUUUUUUUUCCCAGAGUCCUGUUACUGACUCACAUGUUUGAUAUCUCUUGAAAUAGAAGAAAGAUAUAAAUAAUAUGCAAUUUUCUUCCUUGUUCUUGGCAAUGCAGCCUUGUCUCUGAUGAAUUCUCCUUGUUCUGGCAGUGCCAUCUAUCUAGUCGUUCCCUUGGCAUUCUUGCAGCACCGUCAGUACAAUCUAAGCUUUUAAGUUUAGUCUAUUGUGGCCUUCACAAUUAAGAAUGAGAGCCCACAAAGGAAAUAUGUGCUAGACACCUAAGGAGAAAUGUGAUUCAAACCCACCAUUUAAUCUGUUAAACCAAUCUUUAAAAAGAUCAAAAACAGCCUUAAAGCGUAGUUGUUCAUAGCUGCUUGAUACUAUCUUGUAUAAGCCAGAAUGGUAGUGUUGUUUUUGUCUCAGUUUCUUAUCUCCAAUACAUUAUCCAGAGAAACGUACAAUUCCUUUAUAUACUGAAGGCCUCAUGCAUCAUAACUGCAGGCCCAAUGAAAUUAAAUACUAGAUAAGUUAGUAAUUUUUCCCCUUCCAAAUGAGUAGCACUUGAUUUGGCCUGUUUUGGUCAUAUUUUUUUUUCCUUUUAAAAGAGGUAAAGCCUCGCCCAUGGCAACAUUUACUGGAAGUAAGCAAUAGUUACUGUGCUGACCAGAGCCAGGAUCAGGCUACCAAGAUCUAAAAACUACACAUCCUGCAACUGAUACAGUGAAAGGGGGAAAAUGAAGCCAUUACUGCUUUAGGAUGAUUAUUGUUUCAAUUACAGCCCCUCACUUAAUUUUUCAUUGAAUAAGGAUUACUAAUGACAAAGGAGGACUUAACUCUGUUUCUUUCUUCUUCAGAAAUCCAUCGGACAAGUACAGAAGCAUCCACUACAGAAUAAGAAGCUAGCCACGAUCUUCUAAAAACCCACGUGCCUGUAGAAAAUCUAUCGGUGCCUAAUAGCUGAAACUAACUCUGGAAUAUGGUGGAAGGCAUGCAGUUGGCCAGGAUCUGCCCAUAUCCAGCUCAAGUACCAUAGCUACAGCUAUACAGCAAAUACAGUAUUCUUUUAUGAAGCAAAGCAGUAGAUUCACUUUCUAGGAAGUUAAGAGGUAACAACCUACACAUGUAUCUGAACACUUGUGAUGUUGGAUGUGCUGUACUCCUUGAGUGUUACUAAACCUCAAAGCUUAAUUAAAACUUUACAUUUUGGCUUUAAAAAAUCAGCAAAUAAUAAAAUUAAGUAAAUUGUUUAAAAUAGUAGCAGUAAUA